GCACAUUAACAAAAUGACCAAAGACCUCACCUUCGACAUCCGCUACGACAACGAACUCGCCUACGACUACUACGGCGACGGCAAGAAACUCGCCGACAAUCUCCGAGACGUCUACCAUGACAAAAACCUAACCUUCCCCAAUGACUUCGAGUCUACUACGACGAUCCCGCCGAUUCAUUUUAUGGGGGUCACCGCGCCAGAUGACGUGGAUAUAGACGAACUUAAGAACGUUGAAAUUCCGGGGUUAGCGGUUGAUAUUUUGGAUUUUAAGAUGUAAAUGUAACAAAACAGUUUGUAGCUAAUACCGAGGUGUGAAAUUUGUGCACGGC